CGCCGGGCCGCCAGGAUGCGCUACGCAGACCCCUCAGCCAACCGGGAUUUGUUGGGGAACCGAACUUUGCUCUUCAUUUUCAUCUGCGCCUUCGCCUUGGUGACCUUGCUGCAGCAGAUCCUGUACAGCAGGAGCUACAUCAAGAGAGGCUUCCAAUUUGAUUGGCAGAGGGGCGACCAGCAGGCCAAUUGGACUGGGCUCUUUAAUGACAGCAACAGCUCAACAGAGCCGAACAUCAGUGACUACAGAUCCAGGUACUUUGAAUUUUACAAGGGGCCUUUAGAAUUUAACUCCACAAGAUGCCUGGAGCUGAGGCAGGAGAUCCUGGAUGUGAAGGUGCUGUCCAUGGUGAAGCAGUCUGAACUGUUUGACAGGUGGAAGCGCCUCCAGAUAUGCAACUGGGCAAUGGACACCUCUGAAGCCAACCUGUUCAAGUAUGCCUUGCUGUCUGCCUUCCGUCCUCAUGGUGUGGGUCCCCACUGCCACCUCUCCAGAUAUCCACCUCUGGUUCUCAGUGGGCAUCUGUCUGGAGCUGGCCCUAAGGGCCCUGACGUGAGCAGUGGCAAGGCCAGCACCUACCUGGUCAGCUAGUGGCCCCAUGCUUUGCUGUGGUCCUUGCCUUACAAGGUUGGGGCUGUCACAAGUAGCUCAGGCUGGUGUGCAC